CGGCCGGCGUUUCCGUCGCGUCCCACCCACCGCUCUCCGCCUCUCCCCCCUAUGGCCUGUGCUGCCGCCGUCCACUCCCCAUGCCCGCCCCGCUCAUCCCCCUCGCGGCGGCCACGGCCGCCGCCACCUCGGCCGUCGGCGUAGCGCUGGGGGUGCGCCUGCUCCUCCUCCUCUCCCGCUCGCGCGCGCUCAAGCCGCUCGCCGCCACCACCUCCGCCGCCGCGGCCGCGCUCCGGGCGCCGCGGCUCCUCGCCGCCGCCUCCUCCCCGCUCGCCGCCCUCCUCGCCGCCUCCAAGGCCGCCUCCAAGUCCUACAAGGCGGCGCGCGCGCUCGACCCGGCCGCGCGCCUCCCCUCGCUGCCCUCCUCCAAGCGCGUCAAGGCCGCCUUCGCCGCCGCCUCCCUCCUCCGCCUCGCCCCGACCCUCCUCCUCCUCCCAACCGCCGCCUCCUCGCCCUCCUCCCCCACCGCCCUCUUCGCGCUCGCGCUGCUCAAGUCGGGGUACAAGCUCUCCAAGAACUCCGCCAAGGUCGUCGAGGGCUUCCUCGGCCUCCAGGUCCACAAGGGCUUCCGCAACGGCGUCGACGCGCUCGGGGUCGUCGUCAAGGUCGCCGUCAUCGCCUCCGAGGUCGCCGUCUGGGUCGGCGGCCGCUUCUGGGGCGCCGACGACGAUGGGCGCGGCCGCUGCGUGCGCUUCCUCGGCUUCACCAGGCCCGGCAGCCUUGUCCUAGCCGGGUCUGCAAAAUCUGAAGCCCAGGUUGUGCUCUUCGACCCUGGAACUGCCGUCGAGAUGGAGGACGAGGGGUGCUGGUUGGAGGAGGACCCAGACCCCUCCCUGUUGCUCUGCCUCGCGGUGCCCCUGCCUGCCUGAGACGGCCAAAUUAGUGAGUUAGUUGCAAUUAGCACACAACUGGUGUACAGUUGCUUAUAUCAUCAGAUGUUGUAUGUAGUCAUGUACGCUUUUCAAUUUUGAUCCAAUGCUUGCUUCGUACUAGCUCUCAUCUGUGUCAGUUCUUCAGUUAGUCGCCACUCCUUGUGCAUCACCCCUCAACCAACAAGUAAAAGUAAAUAAAAUCGGUGGUUUAUGCUCA